AUGGAGAACGAAAAUCCCCUCAGCAGUCCAAACAACAAUCCGCUGAGAUGCCCUCCAGCACCUCUCAAUCAACUCUCACCAGAGCGCAUGAACCAACAGCGUAUCCCUCAAUCACCCUCCCUACACAGCUAUCUCGUCGAGAACGACAGACCUCGAACGCGCGACUCCAUGACUUCCGAAGUACAAUCCAAAGUCGCCUUCUUGAAUAGUCUGAGUACGCAGUCUUCUCCAACACGGGCGCCUCGCGGAGAGAAACCGCCAGUGUUGAUCCCAGCUGCCGCUCUCACGUCCGGUGUGCAUGGAAAUGCAUGGCCAAACACCAGUACCAACAACAAUAAUAGUAAUCAUAAUGGCAACUCCAACGGCGCCCUCCAGAGGGCCGUCAUGGGCUACGAAGAAGCACAAGCCAGCCUGGCAACACUCAGUGCGGAGCUAGAUCGCUGUAAGGAAGAGCUCGCCUCGCGGAAGAAGCGUGAGAGGGUCAUCGCUCAGCGAGUCGAGAUGCUUCUCGAGGAACUCCAAGCCGACAAAGACAAGCGUGCACGCGAUCAGGAGUCAUACACAAAGGAGAUCAAGCGCUGUCGCAAAGAGACGUAUCGUGCUGAAUUGGCUCUAGUUGAGUUGCGAGAGGAGUUGAAGGAGGUGAGAAGUGAGUUGAAGAAGUCAAAUGGAGAAGUUCAGCAUGAGAAGCAUGAAAAGGAUAAGAGUCGCCAGGAAGCCUUUGAGAGGGCAUAUGCUCUGGCCGGAGUCUUGGAGGAAAUGGAGCAGGUCAAAGAUCGGCUCAAGGCGACCGAGAAGGAGAGAGAUGCGGCUGUGGAGGAAGCUCGUUCGGCACAAGCUGAGAAGACGGCGCUCGAAAGUGCUCGGUCCCAAGAGUUGACUGCUGCACUAAAUGAACAACCUGACCGUUCGUCGAAAUGGUUGGGUGACUAUGAGGGCCGGUCCGUUGCUGAUCCAGCCAUCAUCUUCGAGGAGUCCAGGCCCAAUCAACAACUACAAUCGUUCACUGCACUCAAUCCAACUUUCGAAUCGAUCAAACUCCGUCUUGAUUUCUACGACAAGCAGAUGGAAGGAGAGGAAACCACAGCCGAGGAAGAAAUCGAGUUCCUCAAACAGGAAUUGAAGUGGGCGGAGAGACAGCACAAAGAGGAUGAAGAUCUAAUUCAUUUCAUGCACAUGCAGUGCCAAUUCCAGGCCUGCCCAUGUCGGAUUGCAGAGUCCAAUGGCGACAGAUUUGUUCAUGAUCAGGUGUACGAUGCACAACUUCAGCAGCAGCGAGCGUCGAAGAAGCGGAAAAUAUCGGUGGAAGCGUCUGAUGUGCAACAACCUGAGAUCAGAGAUUCGGAGCUGGCGCCACAGAAGACCCCGAAGCCUGUGAGACAGCCCUCUCAGGUCGAGGAACCCCUCUCAUUUCCUCCUGAGCCCCGUGCGAAGGAGUUGGAUAGAGCAUCAGAAGUACCAUCACAUUACGAAGAUGCUCUUGAGAUUCCAUUGCCAGAACCACAGCCCAUGGAAUUGGACUCCAACAGCACCACACCAGAAGCUACGGCUCAACUCGAGGAGAUUACUCAAGUCCUCGUGGAACCUGGUACAUCCACCAAGCCCUUUUCCUUUUCGACUUCCACAACAAGCAAUGCUGGCGCAAGGUCUGCAACACCACUUCUGCGUCAUACAGAAAGUGCUUCUGCAGUCCUUGAGCAGGAUCUGUUUGACCUCUCUCCUCCGAAGCAAGCUCCACCACGUCGACCUUCCACAGCUAUGGGCAUCCUGACCGUGGACUCACCAGUCCGGCUGGUACCAGAUUCGCCGCGAUCCGUUAGAACGGCCCAUGAUGAGUAUAUCCGAUCGACCACUCCCACGUAUGAGCAACAUCAAGUGUUCGCAGAGUCAACGACCACCACCAAGAUUGCCUUGAAAGAUUCGCCACCACGGAGCCUGCAUAGAAGAGCGCAGUCAAAACCUAAUAUUAGAAGUCACUCUCCUCUUGUCUCAUCCAUGAUGUCACAGAGCAAUCCAGCGACCAUGCACGGAGGCUAUGUGAAAGAGAUAUCAGCGUCACCUGCAGCAAGCACGGUAUUUCCAGUGACUCCGCUCGAUAAGCAAUCGAGGUCAACGCAACACACGAAGCAAUAUGCGUACACGGAAGAGCGCCAUGCCCCUCAGACAAUCGCAACGACAACCACGAGAACCACACGAGUCCCGCUUCGAGGCUUUGAGGACGCAGAUGAUGUAUUCAGUCCUGUUCGCGAUGCCAACGACCACGCUCAUACCGAAAUCAUCCGAACAACAGAAGCAACCUCAACGCACACGUUCGCCCACCACGCCGCUACAACUUCCCACGAGAACCCAGACUCGGCAGCGAUGCUCACCAACGUCCCUGGCACGCCCAUCUCCCGCGAGGCGGCACUCGCACAGAUUCGCGCUCGCCGGGACCGAGCACGCAGUGUGAACCUCAAGCGCUCGACAGGCUCACUCGCUGGUGGAGUGACGGCAGGUGCUACGGCGAAAAGCCCAACCAAGCCACGUGCCGUCAAUGGUAUUACGGGGGCGUCAGGCAUCUUUGCAAGACAGAGGGAUGGUGCUCGGAGAGAGAUCAGCCAGGCCAGUGCACCGGGGAGAUUCGCUUGUUAA